AUGCGUAUCGCCCAACGUCUCCUUAUGGCCACGCCGGCCUCGAUCGGCUCCAAAUCCAGCCUCAGCGAAGCGCUCGCACUCCUCCCGCCCCUCCAGCUCUACCGCCGCAUCUUGCGCGUCCACCGCAAACUUGACCCGGAGAUGCGCGUGCUCGGCGACUCAUACGUGAAGAAAGAGUUCCGGGCGCAUAAGACUGCCGAGAAUCCGUUGCACAUUAUUGGAUUCUUGACUGAGUGGCAGCUUUACGCGCAGAAGAUGGAGGGUGACAAGUGGGCUGGAGAGAAGCUGGAUAAGUCCAAGCUGGACAAGAUGAGUGAUCAACAACUUGGCCAGCUCUUUGAGCUCAUGCAGGCCAUUCGUAACCAGGAGCUCGAGGGUGAGGGUGAAGGUGAGGGCGAGGGUGAAAAACAAUGA